AUGGCUCCCUUCUCAACCCAGACUCAAAUCCUGUGUUUCCUCCUGGAAAUUUAUAAUGUUGGCGGAAGGAAAUUUGGAUUUGUUAAUGUGGGUGCAAUAGGUUGUUCACCUGGCAUAAGGGUUUUGGUGAAUAAUGGAAGCACAUGCUUUGAAGAAGUAUUAGCCAUCGCAAGACUACACAACACUGCACUCUCAGAAAGGAUUCCUGAGCUAGAGAAACAACUCAAGGGAUUCAAAUAUUCAAUCACUGAUUUCUAUUCUGCAUCUCUUGAAGUGCUGAACAAUCCUACAAAAUAUGGUUUCAAAGAAACUAUUGUGGCAUGUUGUGGAGGUGGACCUUACAGAGGAGAUGGUAGCUGUGGAGGGAGGAAAGGAAUCAAAGAAUACGAGUUAUGUAACAAUGUCGAUGAACAUGUGUACUUCGAUUCUAUUCAUCUUACUGACAGAGCUAGCCAGCAUUUUGGAGAGCUUAUAUGGAAUGGAAAUCACACUGUCACAAGCCCUUACAAUCUCAAACAGCUAUUUGAAUUUUAAACUUUCAAUAUAUAGACAUAAAGCAAGACAUAACAUCACGAUGUAUUUGUUUCCACAUGUAAUAAUAAGAUGUUUGAGCUGGCUAAAUAAAACACCAUUCAUGAAAACUUCAAUAUGUAUUAUUAUUUAAAUAAAUUUAAUUUAAUUUGAUA